UUAUACCCUCUUCACAACUUCCAAUCCACUGCUUACUUCCUUACAUUUAGGAACCAUCUUAUCGCUUUGCUACAUUUACAAAUUUUCGAAGAAUUCCUUUUUCUGUCAAACGCCUUUGUUUUACCAAAACCAGAAGGAAAAUUUCAGUGGAAUUCUUCGAAAGAUUAUAAGUUGAGGAAACUCUAGAACUAUUAAUGGAAGAAGAGAUGAACCGACUUUUGCAUUGUCGGUUUACCUUCUCUUACACACAAUUUGGAGACAAAACCGGAAGAAAUCUCAGGAGAAUUCCUUAUAUAUAUAUUGCAAAGUGAAGAAACUGUAGGGAACCUCUAAUGGAACAAGAGAUGCACACAGAUGUUCACCAUCAUCCUGUGUAUGGUUAUCAAUUCGAUGUUUUCCUGAGCUUCAGGGGUGCGGACACUCGAAUGAAGUUCACCGCCCAUCUCCACAGAAGCCUGGUUAAGGAAGGUAUCUGUGUUUUCUUGGAUGAUGAGAAGCUAGAGAAAGGAGAGAGAAUUGGACCAAGCCUCGACAAGGCAAUCGAGGGUUCGCAAAUGUUCAUUCCUGUGUUUUCUGCUGAUUAUGCGUCCUCUAGGUGGUGCCUGAGCGAACUAGUGCAAAUUUUCCAAACAAAGCGCGUGAUUCUGCCUGUGUUCUACGGAGUCCAUCGCGAAGAUGUUCGAGAGCAAAAGGGAACAUUUGAGACGUCAUUUUUGAAGCAUGAGAAGCGAUACAACAGAGAUAUUCCGGAGGCAUGGAGGAAGGCACUGAGAGAUGUUGGAGAGAUGUCUGGUUGGGAGACUGAGAAUAUGGGAGAUCUGAAUGAAGCGGACUUGAUCAAUAAGAUUGUCAAGAGGGUCAAAGGUGAGCUCAAUCGCAUACCCUACCUAGCGGCCGAAUACCCGGUUGGAGUAGAUUCACAAGCUGAGAACAUAGUGAAAAUGCUUAGAUCAAAAGAUACUGGCGCACGAAUAGUCGGGAUCCUUGGGCCAGAGGGGAUCGGGAAGACCACCAUUGUCAAGGCCGUGUACAAUCGCAUCGCCCAUUUUUUUGACGCCACUUCUAUCAUCCUAGACAUCAGGAAAUCAACACCCACAAUCCAACUGCAAAACCAACUUUUGCGCGAGAUCACAAAGAAUGAGAAAAUGCAGGUGGGAAACAUAAGCAGAGGAGUCAAAGUGAUCAGAGAGAGAAUAAAAGAUAAGAAAGUGUUAGUGAUUUUAGAUGGUGUUGAGAGUAGAAUUCAAAUCAAGGAUUUGGCUUGCAAGCAAGAAUGUCUCCAUCCUGGGAGUAGGAUGAUAAUCACUUCUAGAAAGAAGGAAUUGCUGACAGAAGCGAAUGAGAUUUAUGUGGUACAGGAGUUGGAGGAAGCACAAUCUCUCUUACUGUUUUGUCAACAUGUAUUUGGGACAGCGGAACCAGAAGAAGGUUUUGCUGAUAUCUCUGAAAGCAUAGCUGCGGCCACCAGAGGGAUACCUUCAGUUAUUGAGAAAUGGGGCUCCCAGUUGAUGGACACAAGAUGCAAGGAUGAGUGGGAAGAUACGUUGGGAAUGCUGGAAAGAAGUAUGAAUUCUGGUGAGAAUCGAUCAAUGCUCCACUAGUUAUUGUUAAGGAGAAUGAUAUAUCAUUUCGUUUGUGGAUAAAAGCUAUUCAUAUUCAAUUGUUCAUGGUUUGAAGGUGGAUAUUUGGAAGAUACUAGGGGCUAUGACACUUCUUAGUUUGUUGUUGUUGUAGUUGUCAUUGGGUUCAUUCUUUUACACAAAACAGAGCCAUUACCAUAAAUAUAUGACCAUUUCAAGAGAUUCUUCUUCUUGAAAAUGGAUCCAUGGUCCACUAGUUAUUGUAAGGAGAAUGAUAUAUCAUUUCUUUUGUGGAUAAAAGCUAUUCAUAUUCAAUUGUUCAUGGUUUGAAGGUGGAUAUUUGGAAGAUACUAGGGGCUGACACUUAUUAGUU